CUCAAAUCGAUAGAGCAGCUAUCAUAUAGUGACAAUAUGAAACAACUCAAAUGAAGUCUAUCGCCAGCGGCAUACACACAUAGCAUAGUCAACAGUCACCUCAUACAACAUAAGAACCAUAACAGAAUACAAACAUAGGAACAUUCUAUGUGUUCCCUUCAAUGGAAAUCUCUGCACACAGACCCCCUUCACCAAUGCUUCACUGUAUAGAGCAACUAGUGCAGACUACCACCUCAACCCCCAUCCUCAGGCACCAACCACCGCACAGACCAACUCAAAAAGCCAACCAAACCUCAUGGUCUUGACACCUCAGCAUCCCAUCCCCAAUCGCCUAACAAGCAUCCCACCACAACCCCGCCAAGAUGAUGCAAACUCGCAUGCUCACUAAAGAAGACGAAGCCCUCACGGGCAGCGAGGACAACGAAGUCCGCCGCGAGGACCAAGAAAAGAUCAAUCGCUUUAGUCGGCUGCACCAGCGCGAGACGCUGCUCGAGGAGCAGUUGAAGCUGAAGAUGGAAGACAAAGAAGAUCUAGAAGAAAUCUCCACGGAACUGGAGCUGGCAGAUGAGGAUGAGCUGGUACCGUACAAAAUCGGAGAUGCGUUCUUCCAGCUCCCCCUUGAAGAGGCUCAGUCCCUGCUGUCGACGGCAACAGAGCAGGUCGAUGCCGAUGUGGGCAAGCUCGAGGAGGGACUGAGUGAUCUGCGGGAGGAGUUGCAGCAGUUGAAGGUGGCUUUGUAUGCGCGGUUCGGACGGAGCAUUAACCUUGAGACUUAAUUAUAGUGUCUAUCUACUACUGCCGUUCGUGUAAUGUGACAGAAAGUGAUGA